AUGGCCUACAUGCUCUCGCCGACUCUCCGCGCCUUCCUCACAUCAGUGACGACAACUCUCAUACCCUCAACUUCCUCUCAAAUUACAGACUCACCAAAGAUGAAGAAACCGCGGAUGCCAGUCUACUUCUUCUCCCACGGCGGCGUAAGCAAACCCUCCCCGUCCCUCACUCUCAUCUCAUCACCUCGCCUCACUCUCACUCUCACCAUAUGCCUCACCCUCACCAUAUGCCUCACCCUCACCAUACAACCUCACCACCAAACUAACACCACAAAGCCAGACGUAAUGUACAACAAAGCCCACCCAGUCUACCCAACCCUCCAACACAUCGGCGCCGAAAUAACCUCCCUCGCCCCCACCGCAAUCCUAGUCUUCUCAGCCCACUGGCAAUCCCCCUCCCCCACCACCAUCUCAAUCAACGCCGCACCCGGCCCCGCCCCGCUAAUCUACGACUUCUCCGGCUUCCCCCUCCACUACUACUCAGCAACCUACCCGAACACCGGCUCCCCGCAGCUCGCAUCCCGCGUCUGCUCCCUCCUCUCCGCCUCCCACGGCAGCAACAUCUCCUGCGUGCCCACGACAGACCGCGGCCUAGACCACGGCGUGUGGGCAGGCUUCCACGUAGCCUUCAACCCUUCCACAAACCCCCUCAAGGUCCCGCUAGUCCAAGCAUCGCUCUUCCGCUCAGAGGACCCGGAUGCUCACUACCGCCUCGGCGCCGCCCUCUCCGCCCUACGCGACGAAGGCGUAGUUAUCAUUGGCGCGGGCAUGUCCGUUCACAAUCUCUACCACAUGAGCAACGAUCCGCGGCCGAUGCCGUACGCCGUCAGCUUCGACGACGCUCUCAAAGAGGCUGUCGAGGUCUCCAACGUCGCCGAGAGGCAGGACAAGAUGGCUCAGGUCUGCAGGCGGCCCGAUGCCAAGCAGGCUCAUCCGUACAUGGAUCAUCUCAUGCCCAUUCACGUGGCCGCCGGGGCUGCGGGGGACGGCCGCGGGAAGCAGCUGUGGACCAUGAAGGAAGGCAGCUUCGCGUGGGCUCAGUAUCGUUUUGGGGAUGUUCCGAAGUCCGUGACAUGA